AUGUGGUGGUCCAAGUCUCAUUUCAAGCCCGCAGGGAAGUAUGCCUUGGUGGUUGGAGGUUCCCAAGGUAUCGGAGCCGAUAUAGCUUUCAGGCUCUAUGAACAAGGAUGUUCCGUUUUGUUGGUUGCAAGAACCAGAGCCAAGCUCGAGAAGCAGGUGGACCAUAUAGUUAAGAACGCAGACAGAUCGCUGGAACACGGCUUGAAGCCCACAUGCGAGUACUUGACGUGUGACGCUGCGGAUUACGAUGAAACGGCUGAGUUGUGGAAGGUGCUCGUGCAAGAAAAAGAGGUGGAUCCAGACUUCAUCUUCUGCUGUGCUGGUUCCUCAGUACCCAAGCUCUUUGCAGACCUUCUGGGUAAGGAGCUCAAACAAGGAAUGAAUGUGAACUACUUUUCUGCUGUUAACGUGGUCCACUGUGGCCACAAGGCGACACUUAACAAGGAAAGGAAACCCAGGCACAUUGUGCUUUUUUCAUCCACAGUGGCCUCGUUCCCCUUCAUAGGCUACGGACAAUACGCUCCCACCAAGGCGGCCAUUCUGACGUUUUCGAUGGUGUUGCGCCAGGAAUUGAGCAAUUUCAACUACAGAGUGACCUGUGUGUUCCCGGGCAGUUUCGCCAGUGAGGGCUACGAGGAGGAAGAGAAGACGAAACCCAAAAUCACAAAACUGAUCGAAGGCGCAAGCCCCGCCAUUCCUUCCAUGGAGUGCUGUGAUUUGGUGCUCGACAGGUUGGCCAAGGGCUACGACGCCAUCUACACCGAUGCCAUUGGCUGGCUUUUAGGGUGCAUGGUCUUGUCGGUUCAGCCCCGGUGCUGGAGCUUUUUCCAGGUGAUUGUGGCGCUGAUCCUCCUGGCGAUUGUGCCGUUGCUCAUGUGGUUUAUCAACCUCGACGUCAAGAAGUUCUGGAAAGAGAAGGAGCAGGCGGAAGCUGCUCCAUCCGAGUAG